AUGGAGGACGACGACAGCGAAGAAGAAACGCUGGCACAGGACGUUAUCAAACAAUUGGCGGGACAUGGAACCCAAAACAGAGAGGUAGUAGAAAUGCAAGGGAAGAACGCACGAGUGACCCAACUACCAAAACCCAUGUCACCAGCCCUGCAAUACAUGCAGAAGGAACUAGACGAACGCUCACGAAGAAGGCAGGAGCUGGAAGAUUGGAUGUCACAAGCAGUAAUAACAGGACAAAACACUCCCAAAGAAACAAAAAAAGGCGAAGAGCAUAAAAGCGACAAGGUAACAACGAUGUCACAAGAGGAAAUGGCAAAAUACUUGGAGCAGAAUUAUAAUGUAGGAAAACAAGACAACCAAUGCCAUGUAAGUAGUCAAUACCCGGCGAACAUCCAAGAAUACCAAUACCCCGGAGACUACAUUUCUCCAAAAUUCAAGACAUAUGAUGGACAGGGGAAUGUGCGAGAGAAUCUCAGCCGAUUCCUAUCAUCAAUGAAUGAUAGAGCCUCCGACGAAAAAUUAUGCCUGAAGGAAUUCCCCAAAUCGCUCACAGGCACAACAUUCACCUGGUAUGAUAACUUAAAAUCAGAAAGUGUGGAUUCCUGGCCAACCAUGUCUACAUUAUUUCUCGGGAAAUUCUAUUCAUCCAAGAGGAAAAUCACAGCAAUAGAAUUGAGCAAGAGCGGAUAG